UCCCUGCUUUUCCAGAAAUCACAGUUGGAAGAUUCCUGGAAUCAAGGUGGAAUAAGCAGGAUAUCUGUGAAUCCUCCAACCUCCAUGUGGAAAAAGUUGUAUGAAGUGCUUAUGAAGCCUGUAUGUAGUGCUUAUGAAGCCUGUAUGUAGUGCUUAUGAAGCCUGUAUGUAGUGCUUAUGAAGCAUGUAUGUAAUGCUUAUGAAGCCUGUAUGUAAUGCUUAUGAAGCCUGUAUGUACUGUAGUACUUAUGAAGCCUGUAUGUAGUGCUUAUGAAGCCUGUAUGUAGUGCUUAUGAAGCAUGUAUGUAAUGCUUAUGAAGCCUGUAUGUAAUGCUUAUGAAGCCUGUAUGUACUGUUGUACUUAUGAAGCCUGUAUGUAGUGCUUAUGAAGCCUGUAUGUAGUGCUUAUGAAGCAUGUAUGUAAUGCUUAUGAAGCCUGUAUGUAAUGCUUAUGAAGCCUGUAUGUACUGUCGUACUUAUGAAGCCUGUAUGUAGUGCUUAUGACGCUUGUAUGUAGUGCUUAUGAAGCCUUUAUAUACGUUACUGUAUAUUAGUUGUAUUAGUUCACUUGGCUUAAGUAUGUCAAAGUGUACUAGUGACAAGCUCCCAACGUCCCCUGAUCAUCUGUCAUGCAGUAGUAUGCUGACAGCUGAUCUUAUUAACUAAAGAAGAAGACAAUGCUUCAAAUGAAACAGAUAUCUCUCAGUCAUCAGAAUCAGAACUGUCUUCUUGAUGUACAGUACAGCAUGGCUACAGAGCCUUGUUCUGAGAUCAUGGUUUCAGGACAGGAGGCAAGGAGAGGAAGUUACACCUAUAUGUUUAAUGUGCCAUCCAUCCCAUGUUCUCUGGCUGUAGGCUCCACCCCUUUGAUGCAUGCGGUGUCGGGGAGGCAGGUGGACACGGUGAAACUCCUGCUGAAGAUGGGUACCUCCAUCAAUACCCAGGAUGCCUGUGGAAGGACUUCGCUCUCCCUCGCGACAUAUCUGGGGUGGCUCGAAGGCUGCGUGUGUUUGCUGCGAAAUGGAGCCAAGCAGAACAUCCCCGAUAAAAAUGGUCGCCUGCCUCUUCACGCAGCGACCGCUGAGAUCGACCUCAAACUCAUGGCAGUCCUGCUGCAGCAAUCGACUGCGUGUGAAAUCAACCACCAAGACAACGAGGGCAUGACUGCUCUUCAUUGGGCAUCUUUCCACAACCGUCCUGAGCAUGUGCAGGCUCUCCUGCAGAAAGGGGCGGAUCCCACACUGGUGGACAAGGACUUCAAGACAGCCCUCCAUUGGGCAGUGCAGAGUGGCAGCAGAUUCAUGUGUUCUCUUAUCCUGGAGCACAGCCUUGGCUCCUCGGUCAUCAACUACGACGACGAAAACGGAAAGACCUGCGUGCACAUCGCUGCUGCCGCUGGAUACAGUGACAUCCUCUAUGAGUUGGCGCACUUUGCCGAGACUAACCUGCAGGCCCUGGAUGUGGACGAACGGACCCCUCUUCAUUGGGCGGCAGCAGCGGGGAAGGAGGACUGUGUCCAGGCCUUACUGCAACUAGGGGUGGAGACAGGGCCCAGGGACAUCAACGAGAACACACCGCUCACAUAUGCAAUGUACUGUGGCCACACUGCCUGCAUCAAGCUCCUCUCAGCUGACAACAGAUCCAAUUCAGCCAGAAAGCUGCCUUCCCAGGGCAGUGAUCCAUCCCAGCUGCCUUCCCAGGGCAGUGAUCCAUCCCAGCUGCCUUCCCAGGGGAGUGACCCAUCCCAGCUGCCUUCCCAGGGGAGUGAUCCAUCCCAGCUGCCUUCCCAGGGCAGUGAUCCAUCCCAGCUGCCUUCCCAGGGGUGUGACCCAGCCCAGCUGCCUUCCCAGGGGAGUGAUCCAUCACAGCUGCCUUCCCAGGGCAGUGAUCCAUCCCAGCUGCCUUCCCAGGGCAGUGAUCCAUCCCAGCUGCCUUCCCAGGGCAGUGAUCCAUCCCAGCUGCCUUCUCAGGGGAGUGACCCAUCCCAGCUGUCUUCCCAGGGGAGUGAUCCAUCACAGAAGAAGGAGGGCAAGUUCCGCAUGCUCAACCAGAUUUUCUCUUGCAAGAGGAAGGAGCACUACACCACCCGCCAGAGAGAGCUGGGCCGUGACGGACACCUGAGGGAGGAGACCUCAGAGGUGGAUGACAUCAUCACCAUGUUCGAUUGUCUGGCUGACUCCUCUUCAGCCAAGGAGCUUGAAAACGAACGCUCCAAAGUCAGGAAACGGCCUUCGAUCGAAGCAGCGCAGAAACUCAAUCCACUCGACAUCCGGAUGGCGAAGGACUACAAGGGACUGCCUCCUAUACGGACGCAAAGCCUUCCGCCCAUCAAUCUGGGCACGUCUUUGUUGGCCAUCUCCCAGAGUGCUGUGGAGCAGAGUCAAGCCACGAGGCCGAUUGUCAACCACUUUGCACACCGCUCUCAGAAAAGCAAGAGUGAGCAUGACUUAUUUGACAACAGGCCGAAGGGACAAGCGUUGGUCAGUCAUUCCUGGAAGACCGAGGCCAAUCAGUCCAUUUUGGCCCACAAAUCCUGGAUAUCACCCCCACCAGAAAAGCUGUUGGACAAACUGUACCAUGAGACUUAUGGACCUACUGAUGUCAUCUGCCGACACCAAGCCACAUAUAUACAGAAGAACGAACAAGCUCCAAAUACACACCUGCUAACUCUGGACAGGUUAAACAUGAGGGAGACUGCACUAACACGGAACUGCUUGGCCCCCAUUCGUGACCACUGUACCCACCGGUUCUCCUUGCCACCAGACCAAGUCUCUAAAGGGGUGAGGAAGUCCAAGUCCCUGCCUCUCAACACCCUUUGUCGGGGACAAGGGGGUCUCCCACCGCCAGUGACCUCCAAGUCCCAGAGGCCAGGGAUCCCCCAAAGCCCGUCCUUGUGCUCCUUCCUGCCCAUGCUGAAUGGAGACCCUCUGAGGAGCGUGCAGGUGCUCCCUGCCAUCCCAUCCCAGAGGAAAUACAGCCCCACUGUGGGCCAAACCAAAAUGGACACCCUCAGUAAACUGGACAACAGAACCUGAUGCAACCGCAUAGCUCAUUGGAGGCUUGGGGAGAUAUGUGGUGGAGUGGACCUGGACUUGGCAGGGUUAGCUAACAGUAGGCUAUUUUCUGUGGAAUGUUGUCAGGUCUGAAUGAAAUUUGUCCCUAAGUGUAAAAAAAUAAAUAAUAAUUGUCCCUGAGUGUAAAAACUGACUAAACUCAUCAAGAGGAACUCUACUGUAUGCCACAGUAAAUUGCUCAAGACUUUGCAAACAUUUGUUAAUAAACAGCAUCCUAUUUUUACACGUUUAUACUGUACUUAGUGGUGGAAAUUUCACAAUUCAAGGCAUGCACUGUGUACUGUUUGAUUUUCUUGCACUUUGAAAUUGAGACUUUAUGUUGAGGUUGUCAUGUGACUGUUUCACUAAAUUAAUAAAAUAUAUGACAUUUUUGUUA